UCCUAGCGUUCCCUUUCACCAACCAGCUAAGUGUUCUUCAUUUUCUUCUUCCUUUCCCGUCAUCGUUUUUCAUUUAUGUUUCCCGAUAGAUCUACGGUUUCUUUUGGUCCUUUGUUAAUUUCCGGCAGUUGAUUCUCACGCCCGAUCUGCAAUUUGUAAAACAAUCUCAAUGUUUUUAGAUUUUCUAUGAACUCAAUCCUCAUGCUGCGAAUCCGUAUUCUUCACUCGUUCUCGGUCGUCUUCCUUUACUGGUUCUACGUUUUCUCGUGACUUAGCACGUCUUUGUUCAUCGAUCUUGACUUGAAAUUUAAAAUCCCUUAUUAUCAUUCAAUUUCUCAAUUAGAAUUUAAAUACGAAACCUUCUCUAUAUGGAUCCUAUGCAAAGGCCAGCGAGUUCUUCCUAUUCCGAUAUUCAAUACGCAAAUAUCGACGAGAGGAAAAGAAAAAGAAUGUUGUCGAACCGUGAAUCUGCGAGGCGGUCGCGUAUUAGGAAGCAGAAGCAGCUCGAAGAUUUUUUUAAAGAAGUGAGCGCUUUGCAGAAAGAUAACGGUCAGCUGUCUGAGAAGAUCAAUGUUGCGACUCAACGCUAUAUCGAAAUGGAGAACGCCAACAACGUGUUGAGAGCUCAGGCAAGGGAAUUGACGGAGAGGCUGCGGUCCCUGAACUCGGUGCUGCACAUUGUGGAAGAAGUCAGCGGGUACGGAGUUGAUAUACCGGAGAUUCCGGAUUCUCUGAUGAAACCGUGGCAGCUCCCUUGUCCGAUACAGCCAGUUAUGGCGUCGACCGACGUGUUCGAGUGCUGAUGGAAUAAUCAUAGACCCUUUUAUAGUUCGGCAGAUGUGGAUCCUUCAUUGGAGUAGUUUGUUUUCAAAUAUCUCAAACCUUUAAACGAUUAUUAUCAAAUGAUUAAGAAUCUUUCAAAUAAAUAUUCCCUUAUAAUCAUCCAAACACAUUAAAAAUAUGUGGAUCCUUCGUUGGCGUUUGUGUUUUUGAGUCAUUUGUGCUUUUAGAUCUAUGCAACUCUCUGAUAAUAUAAUAUGUAAAUUAGAAGUAUGUUAUGGGGAGUCUGUUGAAUUGGGAUUCUGGUUUCGUAGGAUUUUCUACUAUGGAAUGUUGGUUUUGGAUUUCAA